CGUGAGUCGACGCGCGGCGACUGCGAUGGGGCCCGGAGGGUGCGCGGCUCGGCGGCUUUGGUCGCUGCUGGGCCUCAGGGCCCUUUCCCCGGGAGCGGGGCCGGUGGCGGGCGCUGGGGCCCGGCUGCGGCUGCUGGCCCCGGGGCGGCCUCCUGCGGGACCAGCGCUCGGCCGGGUCUGCCUGACCGCCGACCGUGCGCGCGGCCUGCACGGCGGGCCCGGCCUGGAGGAGCGGACAGAGUGGGCGGCCGGCGCGGAGGAGGCGGCCGGCGAGGGGCGCCGGGAACCCGACGCCGCAGAUCAUACAGGUUCCAAGUUUGACAUUGACAUGUUGGUUUCGCUUCUGAGGCAAGAAAAUGCGAGAGACAUUUGUGUGAUCCAGGUUCCUCCAGAACUGAAAUACACAGAUUACUUUGUGAUUGGUAGUGGAACUUCCACCCGACACUUACAUGCCAUGGCCUACUACAUCGUGAAAAUGUACAAAUUCCUAAAAAGUAAAAAUGAGCCUCAUGUGAAAAUUGAAGGGAAGGACACUGAUGACUGGCUCUGUGUGGACUUUGGCAGCAUGGUGAUUCAUUUGAUGCUUCCGGAGACCAGAGAAAUGUAUGAACUAGAGAAGUUAUGGACCCUGCGUUCUUAUGAUGACCAGUUAGCUCAGAUAGCACCUGAGACAUUACCUGAAGACUUCAUUCUUGGAAUAGAAGAUGACCCGUCAUCCCUGACUCCAAUGGAGUUCAAAUGUGAAUAAAAUACUGGUUUACUCAUUUCA